CGCGGUACUAAUGGUACUGUUGGCGCUGCUGGUGCUGCUGGAGCAGGUACAGGAGCUGGUGGUAAUGCCGCUGGUGGUCCAGGUGCUGAAGUUACUGGUGUUGCUCCUGCAGGUGGUAAUACCGUUUCACCCAGUUCUGUUCCGGAAGCAAGUCAAGGUACGAAACCUGAUCAAGGCGAAGCUGAUCGCGCUGCUUCAGCACCUCGUGAGGAAACUGGUGGUCAUACUGCAGUUGAAGAUCACGCUGAAAGAACCGAUAACAGUACAGCAGGUGGAAGUGCAACAACUGCUGACGGCGCCGCACAACAGCCUUCUUCUUCCAACACUACAGUCACAGAGAGUACCAGUGAAUCUGACACUUCACCUAAUGAGAAUGGCGGUACGUCUGCAGGAACUGAGUCAACAAGCACACAAGAGAGAAAUGUGGGAAAUACAAAUACCACCACAACAACAACAACACUUCCUCCUGAACUCACAAACAACAAGAAGGGUGAUGCAGACAGCAGCAGCAGUAUCAGCAGUUCUGUGUGGGUGCGUGUGCCACUACUGAUUGUGGUUACACUGGCCUGUAUUCUUGUGUGCUGA